GUGAAGCUUGUGGUAUAGAGGGACAGCUGCUGAUCAUCAAGCUUACAUAGUGACUGGAGGAAAGUGGGAGGAGCCUUGAGGGAGUGAUGGAGGUACAGUACUUGGAGAAAAUCCCUUCACCAUGACAACUGGGUGUCUGCUGUACAGGCCACUGACCAAUGAGGGGCAAUGGAUCUGUACAUGCGUGAGGUGGCGAGGGGCGUGGCCAGGGGGCGGCUAGCAGCGUGUGCCACCAGGGAAAAGUGUAUGAACAUAUAAAAAGGCGCCUGUCAAGAAAGGCACAGAUGCAGCGUGGUGAGGCAGUGUUCAUCCCAGGGGCACACCACACAGGGUCAGCAACACAGGUGGUGGUGGAGAGGCACCUGUGGGAUGCCCAGGGGAACACCAAACACGACCUUGACAGACAGAAGUUUAUUGAUGAAGUGUGGACGAAGAGGAGGAAGGAACAAUGAUAUUCGACCAGCUGCGGCAUCUGGGGGCUUCACUUGACUGGGACAGCUGUGUUUACAAUGGAUGCAGCGAGAGACUGGCCUGUGUGUCUGUCUGUACAUCCUGACGGAAGCAUUUGUCUGUCUGUACGAUGCUGGGCUGGUGUACCGCAAGGAGGCUCUCGUCAACUGGUGCUGCAGCUUUCAGUCGGCCAUCUCGGACAUUGAAGUGGACCACCUGCACCUGACAGGACCCACGGAGCUCGCAGUCCCGGGGUACAGCAAACCGGGUUUGCUGAGGUUUGAGGCGCGAGGGGCAGUGCCGUCGGCCCUGUCGGCACUGGGGCUGUACAGAGGGUGCCACGCCCACCCCAUGACGGUGCCUCACUGCAGCAGGACGCAGGAUGUCACUGAGUCUGUGCUGAGGCCCCAGUGGUUCGUUCGGUGCAAGGAGUUGGCACAGGAGGCGUCCGAGGCUGUGCAGAGCGGCUGUCUGAACUUGGUGCCACAGCUGCACAGGAGGGCUUGGCUUAGCUAGCUGGACAACAUCACAAACUGGUGUGUCUCCCAGCAGCUCUGGUGGGGCCACAGAAUGCCAGUGUACCACAUCACUGCAGCAGAUGGCGAGGAGGUGUGGGUGGCGGCUGCUCGGAGGAGGAUGCAAGACGGAAGGCUGUGGAGAAGGAAGCAGGAGGAAGAUCUGGACACCUGUUUCUCCUCUGGCCUGUUUCCCUUUGCCUCUCUGGGCUGGCCGGGUCAGGGGAGGGGAGAGACCAUGCCUGACCUUGCUCGCUUGUACGCAACGACCUUGAAGACUGGUCACGGCAUCCUCUUCUGGGUGGCUCAGGUGGUCAUGCUGGGACUCGACUUGAUGAGGAGGCUUUCCUUUGAGACUGUGCUACUGCAUGGCCUCCAGGGUGAUGGUGGCGGCCACAAGAUGUCCAAGUCCUGGGGCAGUGUGAAAGACCUCCUGGAUGUCAUCAGUGGGGCAUCCCUGGAGGUGUGUGACUUGCUGGUGCUGGAGUGUGUUCUGUAUUGAUGUUCAUUGGGUGUGGUGAGCAGUAUCUGGACAGCAGGCAUCCCAGAGUGUGGAGCUGAUGCCCUUCGGUCCACCCUGUGCUCCACCAGCUUCAAGAGUCAUUGUGGCAUAGAUAGAUGUGGGUGACUGUGGUGCUUUGAGUCUUGUGUGGAGUUACAAGGUUGGUGUAUGGAUGGGUAAAUGAAGUAGAGAUAAGAUUGUAGUGAGUGCUUUUGUAAGGCUGGGUAGGAGUGCUUCUCGUCUCCAUCAAGGGCUGAGGUGUUGAGUGCUGAGUGAAUGAGGGUGAAAAUUGUGUGUUUUGGUUUUGGUAUAUUUAGGAGAUAAGAUUUUAAUUAGUGGUUUUGUAAGGUUCGGUAGGAGUGCUUCUCGUCUCCAUCAAGGGCUGAGGUGUUGAGUGCUGAGUGAAUGAGGGUGAAAAUUGUGUGUUUUUGUUUUGGUAUAUUUAGGAGAUAAGAUUUUAGUGAGUGAUUUUGUAAGAUUAGGGUAGGAGUGCUUCUCGUCUCCAUCAAGGGCUAAGGUGUUGCGUGCUGAGUGAAUGAGGGUGAAAAUUGUGUGUUUUGGUAUAUGUAGGAGAUAAGAUUUUAAUUAGUGCUUUUGUAAGGUUCGGUAGGAGUGCUUCUUGUCUCCAUCAAGGGCUAAGGUGUUGUGUGCUGAGUGAAUGAGGGUGAAAAUUGUGUGUUUUGGUAUAUGUAGGAGAUGAGAUUUUAAUUAGUGCUUUUGUAAGGUUCGGUAGGAGUGCUUCUCGUCUCCAUCAAGGGCUAAGGUGUUGCAUGUUGAGUGAGUGUUUAAAUAUAUUUGUAGGAGAUAAUAUUUUAGUGGUUCUUUUCCCCAACAAGGGUUAACGCAUUGAAAGAUUGUUGUGGGUGAGAGUAACAGUGAAAGUUGUGUGCCUUGUCUUGGUAUAUGUAAGAGAUAAGCUUAUAAUAAGUGUAUUUGUAAGGUUAAGUGCUUCUCUUCCCCAACAAAGGUUAAGGUGUUGAAAGAGUGUUGUGAGUGAGUGUGAGGUGAGUGUGAAAGCUGUGUGCCUUGCCUUGCUAUGCGUUUGUACAUCUCUCAUAACACUUCCCUGCCAGACCACCUGUGUGUGUGUGUGUGUGUGUGUGUGUGUGUAUUAUGUAUAAAAUGUAAAUAAAUAACUACAUUUCUCGACUGAUGGGAGAAA